AAUGUUAGCAAACGUAAUAACUUGUGCAUAAAUGUUAUUAACUAAAUUCAGUUCAGUUAAGUUUUGAGUUUUUGUGAUGAUCUCUGUUCAGUAAAAAAACGUGAGAGUAAAGCUAUAAACUAACCUAAAAUGUGGGUUUUCCACAGUUUAAAUAGUGGCGGCCCUUUUCUGAAAAAGACCCUCACCUUCCCUUAAGUGUUUGUGAUUGUUUCGUUUAAAAUGCCACUAACUUAAGUCAUUUAUACUUAACUGCAAUGGAAAAUAUGAUGACCGUUUUACCAGAGAAAAGUACUCUUUUUAAUUUACAAAAAUUCUGCAUAAAUGAUCACUCUGUACUACAAUCCAGCAAAGGAAAGUUUGCGGUCAUAAAAGAUUCAAAUGACAUUAAUUAUUUAUGUCAAAUAUUUCCCAAAAAAAUGCUUCAUUCAUCGUAUUGUACUAUCAAUAAAAGUGUUAGUUUUUAUAAUGAAUCUAAUAACACCAGUUUGUAUCCUCUAAAAAAGCCGAGUCCUAUAGGUACAAGUACUGUACAAAUACCAGAUAUUAAUAUUUUAGAUUCAGUGGAAAAUAUAAAAACAGUGCAUGUAUCAGUUGUUUUCAACACUCCUUCAGAUGUUAAGAAGUGGAAACCAUCAUGUGCUAAAUUAUGUGAUUUAGUGAAAAAUCUCUUGAAGCUAUUUGUGUUAAAAAGGGGAGCACUACUGACUUUAGAUUGUGUUAAAUCUGUUUUUGAUACAGAAAUAGAAUACAUUUUGAUAGAAAGUAUUGGAAAUGUGAAUUUUGGACGAAUAGUCAGCAAUUCAAAGGUAAAAAUUAAACAGUUAAUGAGCAAUACAACAUUUUAUCAACUGUUUACUUGUGGUGAUGAAUUACCUUUUCUUGGAGGGCUUGACCAUCAUUUACAAACAUUAACUAAUUUAGUUAAGUCAGCCUCAAAAAGCAAUGUGCAGCAUCAUUCAGUUUACAAACAGGUAUUGAUUGUUGGUCCGUCGGGCUGUGGCAAGACUGCUAUGGUCCGAAAGGUGGCCAGAGAUUGUGGGAUGGCUAUAAAGACUGUGGUGGGUCCAGAACUGAACUCGCCUUUGCCAGGGGAAGCUGAGAGGGCUCUCUCCAAAGUAUUUGAGGAAUGUCGACUUCUCGCCCAAGAGUCAUCUGGCUGUAUCUUGCUGUUGGAUCAAGUUGAAUGUUUGUGUGGUCGUCGAGAUGGAAGUUCCGAUGGCCACAUAAUCAGACUGUCAAAUCAGCUGUUUGCUCUACUGGAAACUGUCAACUCAACAGCUGGCUUGAUUGUUGUCGGUACUUCCAGCCGCCCUCAAUUGCUGGAUCCUGCUGUCCGUAGACCAGGCCGAUUUGACCACGAGAUUCACAUCGGAGUCAGCUCCGAGGUGGAGAGAGCCAGUAUUGUAAGCGCUGUGACUCGUCAAAUGGGAAUGAGCGACUCUGUGAGUGACCGAGUCGCUCGGUGGACUCCCGGCUUUGUUGGAGCUGAUCUCGCGCUGUUAGCUGCAAAUGUUGCUCGGCACAUGGAAAAGCAAGGAAUGAUAAUGAGCCAUGAUAUAGAAGCAGACAUUCUGCCGUGUUGGCGCACCUGUGUAGGGCAGCUCCGCCCCAGCUGUUUACGAGGCCAGCUGGGUGUUGUGGCACCAUUGACUGGGGAAGGCUCACUAGAUGAACUUGGUGGAGUAGACAAGGUCAAGCUAAGUUUACUGCAGGCUAUACAGUGGCCUCUGGAACACGCCGAGGCCUUUCAGCGGAUGGGCCUACCUCAGCCUAAAGGGGUAUUGCUGUAUGGCCCGCCAGGAUGUGCCAAAACCAGUUUAGUGCGAGCUGUUGCUUCCGCUACCAACACAACCUUCCUUGCAGUGUCGGCUGCUGAAAUUUACUCACCCUAUGUUGGCGAUGCUGAGAGAACUGUCUCAGAGUUGUUCCAUAGAGCUCGUAUUGGCGCACCUGCUAUACUGUUCAUCGACGAAAUCGAUGCCUUGGUUGGUUGCCGCGGGAACCGAGAAAGAGGCUCACAAGAAAGGAUACUUACUGCUUUUCUGACAGAAAUGGAUGGGAUCGGUGUUAGAUUGGACAGUGGGACAACUCAAGCUGGAGUGAUUGUAGUGGCAGCAACAAACAGGCCCGACGUGUUGGAUCCAGCACUAACUCGGCCUGGGCGAUUUGAUAGAAUCGUCUACGUUGGCCCCCCUGAUGUCAACCAGCGGUUGGAAAUCUUACAAAUACUCACAAAAAGAACGCCCCUUGCAAAUGAUGUUGAUUUGUCGGUUAUGGCUGAAAAAACAGACUUAUUCUCUGGAGCAGAUCUUGCUCAGUUAUGUAAGGAGGCAGGGCUGGAGGCUUUAACAAUUGACGGGAUGUCAGUGACAGAAGUCAAGCAGAAGCAUUGGAUGUCAGCUCUUGAGAGUAUGAGUCCGUCACUAUCAAGGGAUCAGGUAGAUCAAUACAGAUGUGUGAUGGCAGGUGGCAACUGAUCAGUUGUAUUGGGCACAGUUUCUGCCAACUUGUCUCCCCAGUUGAACACCAGGACAUUAGUGAUGGAAAUCCAACCACACAGAAACAUGUCCAAGAGAGCCACUGAAAGGAGGAUGGAAAAGUAUCUAACCCCAUUAUAAAGCAGAAAAUAUUAUUCA